GGUGGUCCCUGCUCUGGAGCUCCCCGCUACCCUUUGCAGGCGGCGGAAAUCGAGCUGGAGCUGAGAGAGAGUCGUUGGCUUUUGUGUGGGUGCUGUUCGAGAUACCACCUUAGGACCUCAGGUGAGGGGAAAACAGACCCCUCCCUCACAAACAUUAAUAAAAGCAUCCAUGGAGAACACUGAAAACUCAGUGGAUGCAAAAUCCAUUAAAAAUUCAGAAACAAAGAUUUUACAUGGAAGCAAAUCAAUGGACUCUGGAAUAUCCUUGGACGAUAGUUACAAAAUGGAUUAUCCUGAAAUGGGUUUAUGUAUAAUAGUCAAUAAUAAGAACUUUCAUAAAAGUACUGGAAUGGCAUCUCGGUCUGGUACAGAUGUAGAUGCAGCAAACCUCAGGGAAACAUUCAUGAACUUGAAAUACGAAGUCAGGAUUAAAAAUGAUCUCACAUGUGAAGAAAUUAUGGAUUUGAUGCAGAGUGUUUCUAAAGAAGAUCAUAGCAAGAGGAGCAGUUUUAUUUGUGUGCUUCUAAGCCAUGGUGAUGAAGGAAGAAUUUUUGGAACAAAUGGACCUGUUGACCUGAGAAUAUUAGCAAGUUUUUUCAGAGGGGAUUAUUGUAGAAGUCUAACUGGAAAACCCAAACUUUUCAUUAUUCAGGCCUGCCGAGGUACAGAGCUAGACUGUGGAAUUGAGACCGACAGCGUUGAGGAUGACAUGGCGUGUCAGAAAAUACCAGUUGAGGCAGAUUUCUUGUAUGCAUACUCUACAGCACCUGGUUACUAUUCGUGGCGAAAUUCAAAGGAUGGAUCCUGGUUCAUCCAGGCGCUUUGCGCUAUGCUGAAACAGCACGCUCAGAAGCUUGAGCUUAUGCACAUUCUUACUCGGGUUAACAGAAAGGUAGCAACAGAAUUUGAGUCUUUUUCUUUUGACUCUACUUUUCAUGCAAAGAAACAGAUUCCUUGCAUUGUGUCUAUGCUCACAAAAGAACUGUAUUUUUGUCACUAAAGAAAUGGAUGGUUUUUUUUUUUAUUUGUGUGCCUAGUGAGGAAAUGGUGUAACUGAUCACUGUAUUUUCUCCUCAUUUAAAUCCAAUCUAAUACUACAGGUAGUACUUUGAAACAUGCCACUUUCAUAGCAAUAGGGCUACUAUGAAGCUACCUCAAACUCAGAAUCAGGUAGUUGAAAUUGAAUUUAAUUAGGAAUAAAUAAAUGAAUAGUGGUACAAUCAUUAUGAGAGGAAGUGAUUGUAAAUUAACAGCUCUUGUAAUUAGCAAGUUUUAGUGAUGCUGUGCUAUGAAUUAUCUAGAAAUUAUGGAAAAAAUUAUGCAUUGUAGUAAUGAAUUUCAGUGAUAUUGAUAUGCUCUCACUUAAGAAUAUGCAUUCUAGUUUUUGUCAACCUAUGGAAACAAUGAUGUGAAAUCAUGUAUCCUAGACUUUAAGGAUCCAUGUGCAUGAUCAAAGGCUUGAAGACUUUGAGUUUAGAAUUUGGAGAUAAAUCAGAUGUAUUUUUAGUUCAUUUAUCUGAGUGUGUGGUUUUGUAGUAUGAGUCCUGAGCAUGACUUUGUUGUAAAAAAUCAUGUUUAAUACUGAAAAAAGAAACUAAACAUUUUACUUGAAAGUGUGAGCAAAAUAAGUUGACUCUCUUAAGGCAAAACGGAACAUUAACAGAGGGAGACAGAGUUAGAAGUAUAAGGUGCUAAAAGGCAGUUCACCCACCAGCAGAUAUAUCCUAUCGUUUGUCCCUGUGCAAGCUGCUGAGCCUCACACACCAGCAAAAUAUCUGAGGUUUUGUUAGGUAAAAACCUCAAACGGUUGAUCAAACUGAUAGCGUUAUGAAUUUUAAAAAUUCUAUAGGAACAUACUGAAAUACAGCUUACAUGAUAAA